UAAGAAAGAUAUCCAUGUCCGAACAGAAGAAGAAUGUAUGAGGAUUUGGUCUGAUGCUUCACAGUGCUUAUGCUUCAGACAAAAUCAGAAUUUUGUGAGAAAUGCUAGGAAAGGUUGGUCCUUCAAGAGAAAUCAUGUGCGGUAUACAUCUGACAGAGCUAACACACAAUCUUCAUCAGAUGGAAUUACAAGACGACUUACAUUUGUAGAAGAUAAAGAUUCUGACCAGCAGUGUGAUAGUACAAGAAUUAGUGAGAUGGAAGGUUCCAUUCAUGAAACACACUGUAAUCUGAAAGUGAGCAGCUUUAAAAAGAGACAGACAUAUAAUUCAGAAACUAAUAAGUUACAUAAAAUGACAUACAUAUCAUCAGGUGGUGAGUUUUCAGAAGAUGAUGAUGAAUAUUUCACACCACCAUCAACACCUGAAAAACUCAGCAGAAAUGAAGUACAUUCAUACUGUGAUGAUGAUGAUGAUGAUGAUGACGCUGAAAUGUUAACACCAGACGAAUGGCCAGAUGUUUUUAUACAAGGAUGGUCCAGUCCUCUUCCUUCGAGGCCUAAAGAAAGAACUAGAAUGCUUCAGACACCUGUCACAGAUUCUUCACAAUACCAAAUAGGUAUGCAGUCUUCCACUCCUCCACAGGCAUGGCACAAAAUUACAGGAUCAUAUUCACCAUUAAGUCAUCAGCGGUUGGAAAGAAAAAUACUUAUGAAAUUAUAAUAGUCUAUAUUUUAUAAUUAGAAAUAUGUUUAUCUAUAUCUAGAUGUAGUAAAUUCUGAUGUUUGUACUUAUAAAGAAUGGAAUUGUUAAAUUUGUAUUAUCAGAUAUUAGAACAUUUUAAUGCAAUGGGUAGUUUAUUAUGUAGGAAGCACAUAUAUUUUCACAUGAUCUUAAAAUUUUAUGCGGGUAAGUAAUAAAAGACUCUUAAAAGAAUAAGAAGAAGAAUUGAUCAGUAAAGGAAGUCAGCAAUAAGAGUAUUUCUUUAAAAAAUUGCUCAAAUAGAGAUAAUUCCAAAUGUUCACAAAUUAAACUUUAGGCGUCUUGGACGUAGGAUCCAGUGAUUCAUUCACCUUUUUUGUCUCAGUUUACUGUAUAAUUUUUCUUGUCAUUCAAGAGAAUGUUUGUGUGUCUUAUGUUCUACAUCAAAGAAAUUAAAGAGUACGCAGUUAUAAUGGAGUUACCACUCAUUCUACAUAUAUUGUAAUCAAGGAAGGAAGUAUUUCUUGGCUUGGAAUUCAUAUGCACAAAAUACUUUGUCAGCCACAGCUGAUUAUUUAAAAGGUUCCAUUUAUUGUCUUGCAAAUAUUGAAACACUGGAUGGAUAUAAAGGCACACUUAAUUGUUUGAAUGAUUUAAUUAUAAUUUGAACAAGGUUAUUUGUAAAUUGAGAGACUUGAAUAGGAUACACUCUAGCUGAUAUUCCACACAUGAUACAAACUGCAAGAUGUGACAGUCUUAUUGAUGCAUUAGACUCUAUUGUUAUGUAGUAAUUGAGGCUCAAACUGUUGUUUGGAUUCUUCUGGGAUGUUGCACCAUGUAGAAUUUUACUUAUCUUUCAGAGGUACUUGCUGCAUCUGUCAUCAGGGGCAAUGAGUCUGAUAAUGGAGGCAUAAUCUCUGACAUGUUGGUUAACUUCUAGUAGACUACAUGGUGCAAUAUCUCAGAACACAGUUGUCUUCAUUUGUUUGGGUAUUUACUUGUACUUUCUAGACCUCUGGUAAAAGUAGCAUUCAUCUUCAUCUUUUUCCACCUCGUGUCCAUGAAUUUAGUAUUGCUUAAUAGUGUCUUCCCGUAAUUCCAGAUGUAGAAUCUCAUUCCAGUAUCUACCUGAUUGUGUCACAUCCUCUGUUACCAGAAUUAUUACUCAGUAUUUCUUCUGUCCUAAUGGUCGUUUGUGUUUGUGUCCAGAUAGUCUGAAGUUAAUUGGAAAUUAUUUUAUUUGUCUCAUAACAUUCCUGAAUUAUCUGUUGAACUGCUUUAUUGUCUUUGUGAGAUGCUUUUCAUGGUUUCAGAUAGUCAUUUUUAACAUUUUAGUUAAUUUAAUACAGAUGAUAUGUGUAGACCUGUAACACAAUUUGCCUUGUGAAGAUUAGUAUAAAUAGCAAGGAAACUAAAGAUUAAAAUGUGGACAUUUAUAGAUUGAAUUAGAAAUAUUUUGACAAUAUACACUUAUCUGUGUCAAAGUAUAACAGAUAUCAGACUAGUUGUACAAAAAAAUUGACCCCCAGACAUCACUUUAUAUAAUUUACUUUCCUACAUUUCUGUCCAUUCUACUAUAACCACUACCACAACCAUUUAUUACCUUCAUGAUAACCAUUGUAUUAGAUGAAUUAUUCUCGGCCUACCAACCAUGUCACAUGGUGUUGGUGUGUUCUUCAUUAAAAUCACCUGACACAGCUGGUAGCCUGAAAAGAAGUCAUUAUGCUUAGUCACCAUGAAUGCUUCAGAUCAUACAUUGUACUGUAAUUCAGAAGAUUAUGUGCCAUAUAGUACAAUAUAUUCAUUGAAGAUGUCUGUCUUCUGGGCCAUUGCAUCCCAUAGUCCGGUAGAAAUUUACCGGUGUUUGAGUAGUCUUUGCUGCCUCCAACAUCAGGGCACUGAGCAAAGAUGGAGGUAGCAAGCACCCCUGAAACAUCAGUAAACUUCUACCAGACUACACAGCACAACGACCCAGAAGACAGUCAUCAUUUUACUGCUGCUGUAAGAACCUGAAAUCUCACAAUAUUUCUGUUUUCCAUGUACUUUAUCAGUUUCAUGUUUUGUGUCUCUGCAUAUUCUUAAUUAGUUCUUGUACAUCAUGUGCCUACAGCUGGCCUUUUAGAAAUUGUGAUGGGCUUGUGUGAUAAUCUAUCUCAGAGUUCACAAUAUUUUUAAUUAUUCUGUAAGGAGAUUUCAGUAAUAUUUAUCACUCAAGUGUUCUAAUGUUUCUUAUUGCCAGCACUGAUGAAUUCAUUUAGUUAGGGAAUAUAUAUAUAUAUGUCAGACUGAAUAAAGAAUUGGUGAAUUUUUAAGGCAGAAUCAUUUCUUUGAAGUGGUUUCAGAGUGUUACCACGCAUUUUCUGGCAGUGGCCUACACUUGUUUUCAAAACAUUUACUAAUGAAUCAUUUGAUUCUCUUUUUAUUGUAAGAAUGAAGAGAAAUAAUUCCAACAAUGUAUGAUUAAAUGGUCUCAGAAUUUUGCAGAAUGAUUCUUCAUUUAUAUAUUUAAAAACAGAAACAUCAAUAGAAAUUUGUUCAAAAUACACUACUCUAUAUGUUACACAUAUGCAUUAUGUACCGUAUAUACAGUAAUGUGCUACAAAGUUACAAUUCUCACAUACUGGUAUCACAUUUUUGGUGUCAGGCAUGUGUCUCAUUUCUCAGAGUUGCGGCUAUCUUAAUAGAUCUGCUACAUGUCUCGGAAUGACUUUUACUUAUAGGUUUCACAGUUAAUGACUAAUGUUUUUUAUAAAGUAAAUAGUUCUCUAUUAUUCUUUUUUAUCCAUAUUACAUAUUUUUUAAACUGGGCAACAAUAAGUAUGAUCUGCUCUCAUGACCAGUCUAGUCAUAUGAGAUGGCCUCAUUAACAAAAGCAGUGCUUCCUUAUGAUCCUGAGAAUAAAAUGUAUUUUAAAUGUUCAUUGAAAAGAUAUGGAUAUUUAUGUUUUAAUACAUGUAUGACAUGUCUUGUAUAACAUUAUACUAAUUAAAUCAUUCACAUUCAGCAUCUA